CGACGCGCUGCGGGCCCCGGGAAGGGCCGGGCCGGGCGCUCCGGGCCGCAGGUCCCGGACGGAGGAGCCGGGAGCGCCUCAGGUAGAAGAUGGGAUGUUUUAGGUGAAACCUGCUUGCCAUGAAAUCCCGAGGGAGAUAGAGGGACUGCAGUGGGAGCUCCUUCUCACUCCUCCACAACAAAUCCAACAACUGCCUGAUGGGAUUUCCUCUCUGCCUGGCGUCAUGGGGAGCUGCUGCAGCUGUCUGUGCCCAGACAGCAUCCCAGACAACCAUCCCACCAAAUUCAAGGUGACCAACGUGGACGACGAGGGGCACGAGCUGGGCUCGGGGGUGAUGGAGCUGACGCGGCGGGAGCUGAUCCUGCACUCGCACAAGCGCGACGCCGUGCGGUGGCCGUACCUGAGCCUGCGGCGCUACGGCUUCGACUCCAACCUGUUCUCCUUCGAGAGCGGCCGCCGCUGCCACACCGGCCAGGGGAUUUUUGCCUUCAAGUGCUCCAGAGCAGAGGAGAUCUUCAACCUGCUGCAGGACCUGAUGCAGUGCAACAGCAUCAACGUGGUGGAGGAGCCCGUGGUGGUGACCAGGAGCAGCCACCCUGCGGAGGGGGAGCUGGCCCACAGCCCCCAGGGCCCCCCCGGUCUGGGCUACACUGGGCUUCCCAAUGGAUUUCACAGCUUCCCUGGAGAAUCCCGGUCCUGCUCUGCAGCCCAGCAGCCCUCAGUGAGCAGCCUGAGACAUUCCUCUGCGGGGGAAGACUCUACCCACCCUCUCCUGGGGCCUGAGGAGCAGUCCCACACCUACGUCAACACCGGCGAGCCGGAGCCGAGGGGCCGCCACUGUUUGCACCCCCUGCCUGAAGCCCACCCUCCUUUCCCCCCUAGGAACCACAGCUGCUCCCUGGAAGACCGGAGCCCCCAGGUCCUCCUGCAGCCAGGGGAGGUGAAAUUCGUGCUGGCUCCCACCUCGGGUUACCGCCGGCUGUGCCGGCAGCCCCGGCCAUGCCGGCCUCACCUCUGCGCCCCCAACAACAACAACAACGAGCGCCAGCAGGGCUGUCCGUCCCCACAGUGUGUCUAUGAGAACCUCAACGGGCUGGUGGCCCCCAGCAGCUCGUCCCUGUGCCGGGCUGGCCGCCCCAAGGCGUCCCGGGAGGACGGCAGCUGCUCCCAGCGCCGCUCGGCGCUGCUGCACUACGAGAACCUGCCGGCGCUGCCGCCGGUGUGGGAGCUGCAGCCGGCCCAGCACAGGGAUGAGGACGCUGGCCUGGCACCCACACCAUCCCCAAACGGCUUCUCUGAGGCUGGAGAGGAGGAGCCCCUGCAGAACCCCGCGGGCUCGGAGCCGCGCCGCGCUUUCCUGCCCAGGCCCCGGCGCAGCCGCCUGCCCAACGUCUUCAGCUUCGACUUCCCCCGGCCCUGCCCGGAGCCGCCACGGCAGCUCAACUACAUCCAGGUGGAGCUGGAGCCCGAGGCCUGCAAGGGACAACAGGAGCCCAGGGUGGCGGCCCCUGGCAGCCCCGGUGCCCGCCGCACCGACUCCUAUGCCAUCAUCGACCUCAAGAAGACGGCGGCCAUGUCCAGCCUGCAGCGGGCCCUGCCCAGGGAUGAUGGCACCUCGAGGAAAACUCGCCACAACAGCACUGACCUGCCCCUCUGAGGGCCCCAAGUGCCAGCCCCGUGUCAUGGCUUUGGUCCCUGCCCCUCUCUGUGUCCUGUCCCCCCUGAGUGUGGCUCCCUCUCUCGCCAUUGCCAUCGCCGGGGCCCAGCGUGGCUCCUGCAGCUGCUGCUGUUGAGGCUCUGUCUGUCUGUCUGUCCUCCCCUCUCUGUGUGUUGCUCGUUUUUCAAGCCUUGUGGGAUGUUUGGUGGUUUUUCAAGCCUUGUGGGAUGUGUGGUGGUUUUUCAAGCCUUGUGGGAUGUGUGGUGACUCUGAGGGUGGAAUUGCGGUGGCGCAGCCUGGGCUGGGGCAGGGCAGAGGCAGCUGGGCAGUGCCUCGGGGCAGUGCUCCCAAAACUGAGCUGCUUCAGGAGCUCUGUGCAAAUGGAGCUUGUUCCUCGUGGAUUUCACACCUCCAGGAGAGCUCCGUGGUGGGGCCACUCCAGAGCUGGGCUUUGCCUUGUGCUGCCAGUGGUGCCUGGAGAUGAGGAGCUCACGCCGUGGCCUUUCCCCCCUCAGCUCGUUGUUCGUUCCUGAAGCUUUUAUCCUUCUGUCCCUGUCUCAGAUCCAAUUUCAAUUGGGCAGCUGCAAUGAAACCAGGAGGACACAGAGCCAUGGGCACACACUGUGAUCACAGAAACCUGAUUGCCUAAAUCCUUAAAUUCCCUCCCCUGCUUUAGAAGAGGAGGGAAAGGCCACAACCAUGAGGGAGACUGGAAGUUUGGUCUAGAAAACUUCACUUGUGCCAUA